AUGGCGUCAAAGAAGAAACUUCCGCACUCGAGAAGGUGCAAAUAUUCUGAAGAAGUUGCAGCCUAUUGCUAUUGUCCUACCGAUGAAGGUGAUGUUCCUUUAAAGCAUUGUGACAAAACUUGCUGUGAAGGAACCGACUCUCCUGAUCUUAUCCAAGUCCAGAGCAGAACUUCAUCUCAGAAUUCAGGUAUUGAUAAGUAUGUAAGUCCAGAUGAACCUCUUCCAGAUUUUGAACAUAAGGAAAGAAGAAAACGGCAAAUACCUCCGCAUGAUGGCCAUUCUGAGACAGAGGUCCUGCAUGUUGGUCCAGACUUCACCUGUUUUGAUGUACUGGUGGGCUUGUCGUCAAUCGCGUUCUUCUAUUUUGACGUUGUUACAGACAUUUUACUUGCUAGGGAUUAUUUCCAUCAGGGUAACAUGUUAGCUUUCGCUCUAACAGCAGCUUUCAUUAUUGGACCUUCGCUUAUUACCUGCAUGCUGAAUUUUCGCUGGUACUUGUUGGAUUAUCAGAGUCAGCAACUCCUGGUAAAAAAUUAUGGAAAGGAAAAUGUGCAGCAGACUUCAAUGUUCCUGUGGCUCACAAGGUUUGCUUUGACACUGCUGAUGAUGGGGCCAGUUAUAAGGCAAAUUGAAUAUAUAUACAAUGGUUUGAAGAGCAGCAGCAAAUAUCUACCUCCAAAGGAAAAGAAGCGUCACUAUAUAGUAAUGAGAAUGGAGGAUGUUGAUGCGUGUUGUAUACGAAUGUUUGAAUGCUUUCUCGAGGCAGCACCACAGCUUGUUCUACAAAUAUACAUCUUGAUGCUACACAGACAACAAGAAUCUUGGAUUCUAGAAGGAAUACGGGCAGCUGCAAUAUUGUCAUCGUGGGCAAGCCUGUCAUGGUCCAUGGUUGCCUAUCAGAAAGCGCUCCGAUUUUCUCACGAGGACAAGGAAAAUAUGACCAUCCCUGGAAUGAUUUUCUCCUUUUUAUGGCGUGCCUGUGAAAUUGGACCUAGAGUUAUCUCCCUUGGUUUAUUCGCUGCCUUGUUUGACUACUUUGUGUUCAUUAUCGUAGGUCUCCAUUGGAUUGCAAUGUCAUCAUGGUUGUUCUGCCAGAAGACACAGUUUUAUCAGAAUCGAUGUGAAGAAAGAUGUUUUAACAUAGUUUGCGGAUAUGUUCUAGUCUUUUGUUUUCUAAAUGUCCGAGACGGGGCUACCAGGUAUAGAAUGUUAGUUUACUACUUUAUCAUCUAUGCCGAAAACUUUACAAUGAUGGGUUUCUGGUUUUAUUUUACUGAAGACAAAAGUCAGUGGUUUUAUAUACCAACAUUUUUUGUAGUGUCUCUAGGUGCAAUUUUACAGUUAUUUUUUCAGUUGACGUAUUACGGAUGUUUUCAUCCACUAGGAAGAGGCAGUAUACCUUGCUGUCUAAAGGGACAAGAGUACUCAUGUUAUCAGUCAUUAUGUCAUGAGUUAGAUCCAGAUGAAAUUGGCUAUAUUGAAAAUCCACACACUACAAAUGUGUAAAAAAUUUCUUUUAAAUUAUUUAAAAUGAAUGGUACAAAAUGAGAUUUACAAAGGAUGCUGUGAAUGUAGACUGUAUUAACGUUUAUGUAGCUACCUUUCCUUUUUAUCCCCUGCCAAAGGUGAUAGGAAAAAGUUUGCAAGCUGAAACAUGCAAGCUGUUUCAGCUAAAUAACUGUAAUAAUGAAGGAGACAUUGGGACCAAACUGACAUUUGUUUUGAAAAUAUAUCUGCUUUUUGUCAGUAGAGAAUGAUUUUUUCAAGAGUGAAACCUCUAUCCCCUUUGGCAGGGUUUAUCGAUUAACCAAAUUUGCUUGUUUGUAAAUAAAAGUAUUUGAUUAAGUACAUAAAAUUUAAAGUACCUUACCAUGCUUUAUUCAAAAUUCAUCAGCAUUUGUCUGUAGAUGGGAAGUAAUCAAGUUAAGAUAAUUAUUCAUUCUAAGAUUAAAAAUAUAAAGGGAAAUGUACAUGUAGAUUGAGAAGAAUAUGGUGUAGGUGUUUUUAUUAAUACGGAAAGUGGAAGUUACAAAAUUUUGAAUUUAAGGUUUCAUAAUUUCAGCCAAUUUUUGCUUUUUGAGCCUUUGUUUAAAGUUAAUAAUGGUGGUGGGUGUACCUGAUGUCAGUAAAAGAAGGUUUUGAAUGUUACAAUGAAGUGUUCACUAUUUUGAAAUAAAGUCUUGAUUACAUGUAUGUGAUCUUGUCAGAAUGAGGUUAUGCAUGUACCAUGAAAUCACGUAAUUUCAUGCCAUUUUUCUGGGGAUAGAUAUUGUAUGAAUUUCAACUUUUAUUUACAAAAUAAACAAAAAUCUACAAAACUUAGUGCUCCACAAACAGUUUCUAGAUAUGUCAUUUUCAGUGAAAACUAUAAAAUGUGUAUGGGACUGGUAAAAUGUUUCACAUACUUUUAUGACCUGACAAUAUUUCUAGGUUGAAUACCUCACAACAGUAUUUUAGUAUAGAAUUUACUAAGUUGUAUUUUUAUAGGGUUUUUAGCUCAUCUGAUUUUUUGAAAAAAAAUGAUGAGUUAUUGUCAUCACUUGAGCGGUUGUCGGCGUCGGCGUCUGCGUCGGCGUUGCCUGGUUAAGUUUUAUGUUUAGGUCAGCUUUUCUCCUAAACUAUCAAAGCUAUUGCUUUGAAACUUGGAAUACUUGUUCACCAUCAUAAGCUGACCCUGUAUAGCAAGAAACAUAACUCCAUCUUGCUUUUUGCAAGAUUUAUGGCCCCUUUUGUACUUAGAAAAUAUCAGAUUUCUUGGUUAAGUUUUAUGUUUAGGUCAACUUUUCUCCUAAACUAUCAAAGCUAUUGCUUUGAAACUUGGAAUACUUGUUCACCAUCAUAAGCAGACCCUGUACAUCAAGAAACAUAACUCCAUCUUGCUUUUUGCAAGAUUUAUUGCCCCUUUUGGACUUAGAAAAUCAGUUUUCUUGGUUAAGUUUUAUGUUUAGGUCAGCUUUUAUCCUAAACUAUCAAAGCUAUUGCUUUAAAACUUGCAACACUUGUUCACCAUCAUAAGUUGACCCUGUACAGCAAGAAACAUAACUCCGUCCUGCUUUUUGCAAGAUUUAUGGCCCCUUUUGGACUUAGAAAAUAUCAGAUUUCUUGGUUAAGUUUUAUGUUUAGGUCAACUUUUUCUCUUAAACUAUCAAAGCUAUUGCUUUGAAACUUGCAACACUUGUUCACCAUCAUAAGUUGACCCUGUACAGCAAGCAACAUAACUCCAUCCUGCUUUUUGCCAUAAUUAUUGCCCCUUUUGGACUUAGAAAAUCAUUUUCUUGGUUGAGUAUUAUGUUUAAGUCAACUUUUCUCAUAAACUAUCAAAGCUAUUGCUUUAAAACUUGCAACAGUUUUUCACCAUCAUAAGUGGACACUGUACAUCAAGAAACAUAACUCUAUCCUGGUUUUUGCAAGAAUGAUGGCCCUUUUUAGACUUAGAAAAUCAUGGGUAGGACAAUAUUUCUAUUACACAAAAGAAAUCAGAUGAGCGUCAGCACCCGCAAGGCGGUGCUCUUGUUAAAAACCGGGUGAAUUGCAAAGAUAACUUUUAACCAGUUAAUAUUUUUAUACCCAAGUUUUAUUCUAGUAUAUUUAAUAUUUUUUGUGAUAUACAAUAUUGUAUAAUUUUCUUUUUUUGGUUUGUAUUUUGUUGUAUUUAGCCCAAAAAGGCUCACAAUGCACCAUGCUGUGCUUUAUUUUAUAUACCUAUAAAUAUUCUGUAAAAUGUGGCUUCAAGUUUUGUUUUUGACAAAUAAAUACCAACAAAAAUCAGAAUAUGUAUUGCACUAAGUGGAAACCGGCUUCUGAAUUUUCAUUGAUAAAUACUAAAUAAAUGUAUCUUAGAGGACUUUGUAGUCAUGUUUUGGCUAAAAAGGUAAAUUAAGAAAUUGUCAUUUUAAUAGUAGCUUGGAUGAGGUUUUAUGUUGGCUCCCAUGAAUUUUACUAGGUCUUGUGAGUGUGACAGCCAUGAUCCAGCAUGUGGAAAAUCCACAAGAGCCAAAUACUGUGAAAUCAUUUAAAUUCACUGGCAUGAAAUUUCGCGCAAACGUGAAAAAGGACUGUUUCGUGCGUGCUUUCAUUUGCGCAUUUUCAGUUUAUAAAUGAAAAAAUGAAUUAAAAAUGAUAAUAGCUAGGUCUUAAAUUCGCGCAUCGGUUCUAGCGCGAAAUACGCGAAAAUUCGUCCUACGCGAAUAAAAAUGAUUUCACAGUACGACAUCCCAAGAUUAAGCUACUGUUGCAGUAACCCAGUUUUAUUUCUGUCAGAAAGUUUAAUCCAUAUAGCGUUAGGUGGAAAUCUUAUUCCAUAUUUUGCCUGUGUGUUAACUACAUGUACUUUCAUUAAUAUUCAUGACCCAGAAUAUAAAUAGUUCUUUGUUUCAGAAGAGUCUAUAUUCUUUUAGAACAAAACUAGGUGGAUUAAUACAAUAAAAGAGAUUUAAUAACAGAAGCUUGAUCUUGGAUGUACUGGCUCUUAUGGACUUCACAAGUCUUGGUUAUACUGUGUGCCCGUGCAAAAUCCACUCCAGCAGAAUAAAGCAUCUUAGUAAAAGCUUUUAUAAUAACCCUACUGUAUCUCUUGUUGAGUAAUCGUUUUUUUCCCCCGGCCUCCAUGAUAUUUUGGUUCUAAGUUGCACAUAUGAUACGUUGAAAACUACCUUAGCUUAGUAUAUCCUUAGUGUAAAUGACAAAUUCCACAUAACUGUUAAAUGACAAAUUCCACAUAACUGUUAAAUGACAAAUUCCACAUAACUGCUGUGCUAUUCAAAUGCUUUAGGUGUUUUAGAUAUUUGCUUUUUAUGUGCAUAGAUAUGUAAGGCUUAAAGGUUGAUAAAAAGAUCAUUUAUUUACAUUUAGAAUGUUGUGCAUAUUAACUGAAUAUUGUGCUUUAUGUCUUCUCCACAGAAAUGCAUAAUUAAAAUUAAAUGUUAUAUGAUAUUGUUUUUUUUUCUUUAAGCAUGUUUUAACCUUUAGCCUGCUGGCGGCAAGUGAUUUGGCUUUGCGACCAGUGCAGACCAAGAUCAGACUGCACAUCCGUGCAGUCUGAUCAUGGUCUGCACUGUUCGCUAUUCAGUCAGUAAAUUUUUGGUGAAAACCCCUUUGAAUAAUAAAUGGUAUCGCCCAAAUUGAAUGAUGGACUAGUCCAUUAUAGAAAUAUAGCAGGGUGAAGGUUAAUGCAAAAAAAAUGCUUGUACUGUUUCAUUGAAAGCUUAAAGUUGUAACGGUAGGCUUUUAUUAAUAAACUUAAACUUGAUUUUAACAUUUUUGCUGUCAUGAUUAAAGGGACAAUCUUGCGAAAUGAUAACAAAAUCCAAAAUCAGGGAAUUUCACAAAAUGUUCUCUUUUUUUUUUAAAUGACUGUAAUAACAGUGAUUGUAUUUGAAUAUUUUAGUGUUUAAUCAAAAAUAGAUUCAGGAGAAUUUGUUAACAUACAUGUUUUUAUCAUGUGACCAUUAUUAAUGUGGCCAUAUCCAAGAGGUGCUACAUUUUAUACAUGUUUGUCUCUUAAUGUUACAGGAAUGUUUAGAGUUUGUAUUGUAUUUACCGGUAAGUUGUUUUAUGUUGUUAAGCUUGCUCUUUUCAUUUUAGAAAGGGACCUAAUUUUACUUAUUUACAGUACUAUAUGAUGUUAUAUUAUAAUGUUAAAAUUAUUUUUACUUGAUUUUGUCUUUGAUUUUAAUAUAGGGCCUAAAAUAUUGCAAAGUUUAGCAAUUUUGUUGUUUUGUCCCUUGUAUUAUAUUUUUAGCUCACCUGAGCAAUGCUCAGGGUGAGCUAUUGUGAUCAUGCUGUGUCGUUGUCGUCGUCGUCCAUCGUCAACAAUUGUGUUUAAAAGACAUCUCCUCCAAAACCACUGAAUGGAUUUUGAUGAAACUUGGCAUGGAUGUUCCUUGGACGGUCCUCUGCCAAAGUUGUUCAAAUGGUCCCGCUUGGUUGCACAUAGGACCGCCAGAGCUAAAAAUAGAAAAAUUUUCAAACGACAUCUCCUCCUAAACCAAUGGUCCGAUUUUGAAAUAAUUUCACACAAAUGGUCCUAAUAUCAAUCUCUACCAAGAUUAUUCAAAUUACACCGUUUCGUAAAAAAAACGUGGUCGCCAGGGGUGUGAUCACUUUUCCCUAUACACAUGUAUGUAUAUAGUGGAAAUAUAAAAAAUCUUCUUGUGUGAAACUGCUAGCCCGAUUUUAAAAUAAUUCUACACAAAUGGUCCUUGUGUGACCCUCUACCAAGAUCGUUCAAAUUAUUUUGAUAUGUCAAAACCAUGGCCGCCAGAGGGUGUGGUCACUUUUUCCGUAUGUAUAUAGUGGAAACUUUAAAAAUCUUGUGUGAAACUGCUAGCCUGAUUUUAAAUAAUUUUACACAGGUGGUCCUUGUGUGACCCUCUAACAAGAUUGUUCAAAUUAUUUUUAUUCAUGAAAAAACUUGGCAGCCAGAGGGUGUGGUCACUUUUUCCUAUUUGUAUAUAGUGGAAACUUUAAAUAUCUUCUUUUGUGAAACUGCUUGUACGAUUUUAAAAUAAUUUUACACAAAUGGUUCUUGUGUGACCUUUUACAAAUAUUGUUCAAAUUUUUCUGAUUUGUCCAAAAACAUGGCUGCCAGAGGGCGUGGACACUUUUCAUUAACAAUUUCUUUAAACAAUAUCUCCUCCAAAACCACUGAAUGGAUUUUGAUGAAACUUUACACAAAUGAUCUCUUGGUAGCCCUCUCUCAAAAUUGUUCAAAUGGUUCCGGUUCAUUGAACAUGUGGGUAUUUUUGGUUAAAAAUAGGUUUUUAGCUGUCAGACUUUAAAUAUCCUUUUCUUUAGAGCUUUGAUAUUUGGUAUUUGAUAAAAGGGUUUGACUCUCUACCAUACUUGUCCAAAUUAUUACCCUAAGGUAAAAAAGAAUGGCCUAACUCCUGCGUCUGACAUGUACUUACUAUAUGCUUUUAUACAUAAGAAACUUUGAAAAAAAUCUUCUUCUCUGAAUCAAUAAUGGCUAGGGCCUUGAUUAUUGGCAUGUGAUAUCAGAUUUGUAAUUUCUACUGUAAUUAUUCAAAUUAUUGCCCUAGGUUAAAAAAUGUGUGAAAUAUAUAUAAUAUAAGCUAACAUAGAAGAAACCUAACUCUGUACUAAUACAUUCACACUUAAAACCUUGUACACAGGUGAGCGCUUUAGGGUCAAUGACCCUCUUGUUUAAAAUUUAUUUGAUUAAUGUGUAAAUUUACUGUUUAAUAUUGCUAUUUUCCAGUAAUAUUACUGUGAAAACAUUUGAUACUGUUGGCAUGAUAUGAAAUUUAGCAGUUUAAUUAGGUAUGUUAAUGCACUUUUAUUACCGCUUCUUCGACAUGUUCAUUUUCAUUGCAAUAUAAUGUUAGUGAUUAAUAUUACAAAUGUUCAGAACCUAUUGUUCAUGUAUAUGUUAGAUUUUAAUAUAGUUACUGGACUAAUGUAUCCUAUUAACCUGGGCAAAUUGCCCACUUCCUUAGCUCACCAUGGCUGGAUUGUUUUUACCAAAUUACUGUAUUGCAAAGGGUAUUUUAAAAUGAUAUUCAAGUUCAUAUUUGAUCCGUGCCAUGUGAAAACCAACAUAGUGGCUUUGCGACCAGCAUGGAUCCAGACCAGUCUGCGCAUCCGCGCAGUCUGGUCAGGAUCCAUGCUGUUCGCUAACAGUUUCUCCGAUUCCAAUAGGCUUUAAAAGCGAACAGCAUGGAUCCUGCACAGAUGCGCAGGCUGGACUGGAUCCAUGCUGGUCGCAAAGCCACUAUGUUGGUUUUCUCAUGGCACGGCUCAUUUUUAGCUCAUCUGAUUUUUUGAAAAAAAAUGAUGAGUUAUUGUCAUCACUUGAGCAGUUGUCGGCGUCGGCGUCGGCGUCUGCGUCGGCGUUGCCUGGUUAAGUUUUAUGUUUAGGUCAGCUUUUCUCCUAAACUAUCAAAGCUAUUGCUUUGAAACUUGGAAUACUUGUUCACCAUCAUAAGCUGACCCUGUAUAGCAAGAAACAUAACUCCAUCUUGCUUUUUGCAAGAUUUAUGGCCCCUUUUGUACUUAGAAAAUAUCAGAUUUCUUGGUUAAGUUUUAUGUUUAGGUCAACUUUUCUCCUAAACUAUCAAAGCUAUUGCUUUGAAACUUGAAAUACUUGUUCACCAUCAUAAGCAGACCCUGAACAUCAAGAAACAUAACUCCAUCUUCCUUUUUGCAAGAUUUAUUGCCCUUUUGGACUUAGAAAAUCAGUUUUCUUGGUUAAGUUUUAUGUUUAGGUCAGCUUUUAUCCAAAACUAUCAAAGCUAUUGCUUUAAAACUUGCAACACUUGUUCACCAUCAUAAGUUGACCCUGUACAGCAAGAAACAUAACUGUGUCCUGCUUUUUGCAAGAUUUAUGGCCCCUUUUGGACUUAGAAAAUAUCAGAUUUCUUGGUUAAGUUUUAUGUUUAGGUCAACUUUUUCUCUUAAACUAUCAAAGCUAUUGCUUUGAAACUUGCAACACUUGUUCACCAUCAUAAGCUGACCCUGUACAGCAAGCAACAUAACUCCAUCCUGCUUUUUGCAAUAAUUAUUGCCCCUUUUGGACUUAGAAAAUCAUUUUCUUGGUUGAGUAUUAUGUUUAAGUCAACUUUUCUCAUAAACUAUCAAAGCUAUUGCUUUAAAACUUGCAACAGUUUUUCACCAUCAUAAGUGGACACUGUACAUCAAGAAACAUAACUCUAUCCUGCUUUUUGCAAGAAUGAUGGCCCUUUUUAGACUUAGAAAAUCAUGGGUAGGACAAUAUUUCUAUUACACAAAAAAAAAUCAGAUGAGCGUCAGCACCCGCAAGGCGGUGCUCUUGUUAUCUGUAAGUUUUUAUGUUUGUUUCAUUUGAUAUUAUGUGUAUGUUAGAUGGACCAUAGCAAAUAAGUGUGCCAAGUAGUUUUUGCAUAGAUUUUACCGUUAAAUCAUUUUCACUGUAUGAUUAUUCUGUUUAGCUGUUUCAUAUGUUCGUCAUUCUAUUAUAAUUUGACAAAUUAGCAGAAGUUAGCAUGCAAAAUUUUCAGAAAAAUAUGUUGUUCUGAAAUUGUUCUUACUAAAUGUUUGAAAAUCCUACAAUGAUAUAAACAUAGUGCAAAAUUUAUAUUAGACUGUUGUAUUUUUGUGACACAUAAAAAAACCCGAACUGUUUAUAAUUGCUGUGCUGCUUAUCAAGCUUAGUAUUUAUAUUUCUUUUAAAAGUACAAACUGUAUUUGUAGUCUACUUCUGAUCAAUACUCAAAGCUUUGAAAACUUUUGAAAAUGCCAGUAUGUACUUUUACUUAAUUUCCAGUGCAUUGUCUUGAACAUCACUGAAAAAGUUCCAAUCCAUGAAUGUGAUUUCUUUUAUGCACAUUGUAUUAUAAAUUUAUAUAUAUUUUUUUAAUUUGCAUAUUUAAUGUAGUGUCUUCCACUUUGUUGUAUAUAGUUAUUUUCAUAUGUCUGUAGUUGCAUGCCCUCACCUGAAGUAACGCCCCUAGACGCACCUUCGGUUUACUUCCACCAUGAAAAGGUUCUUGCUGUAUGGCCUAUAAUUUUGCUGUUAUGACUUUAAAUCCACCAUAAACAAAAACUCUUCAGAGAAGAUAUGCAGGUGUACUUCACCAUGAUGAAUGAUGUUUUAAAGAGGUUUUCCAUUGAAGUACAGUCAAACUUGCUUGAGAGACCAUUUGCAUUCAGAGACCACUUUUUAGCCCACCAUCAUCAGAUGGUGGGCUAUUCAAAUCACUCUGCGUCCGUGGUCCGACGUCCGUCCUUCCGUUAACAAUCUCUCGUUAUCGCAUCUCCUCAGAAACUACUAGGGGGAUUUUGACCAAACUUUGUCAGAAUGAUGUAUUGGUACCCUAGUUGUGUCCCCCUGAAAAUCAGACUGGUUCAACAAUUUAUGAGUGAGUUAUGGCCCUUUGUUUAUUUCUAUAUUUUACAUAGAUUUAUAUAGGGAAAAACUUUGAAAACCUUCUUGUUCAAAACCACAGAGCCUAGGGCUUUGAUAUUUGGUUUGAAGCAUCAUCUAGUGGUCCUCUACCAAAAUU